UCGUCGUGUGACUCCGACGAAGAAGGUGCGUCAGGGAGAGAGAGAGAGGAUCACGACAACCGACAAAAAAAUAUACACUUGCCCGUCUACGAUCUUCCAUUUUCGAAAGCGCCGACAAGACUGUCCUUAGAACCAAGAGCGUCCUUUAAUACGAAAGAGCGUCCUUAUACCUUUGCCUUGUCACGUCCUCCGCCACGAUGCCCGCCCCAGCAGACAGCGGCCGUCGAAAUGCCCUGCCCGUUCUCUACACAAGCGGCACCCAUUACGACGUAGGAUACGAUAUUGGUCGCACCUUCCGCGGCAUCAUCGAGGACUUCCUGGCAUCCUUCAAGGAACUACACGACAGCCUCCUGCCGGCGUAUGAGACAGCUGAAGGCAAGGCAGCCUACGACCAAACCCUCGCCGUCCUGCAGGAGAAUUACCCGCAGUAUGUGAGGGAGAUCCAGGGCACGGCUGAUGGCGCCAAGGUUCCUUUCCAUCACCUGAUGCUCCUGCACAUGGACCAGAUCGUCCCCAUGAAUUCAGGCCAGGCGCGCUCCUCCGGCACCAACGGCUGCUCCUCCAUCUGCUCCAACAAUGAGGGUCAGGUCCUUCUCGGCCACACGGAAGACGCCCUCCCGGAGACCCUAAACCACGCCUACUUGGUGAGCGCCCACAUUCAUGAGGAAGAACCGCAGGGCAAGAACGGUACGAAGACGGAGGGCUUCACGGCACUUUGUUACGCAGGGCAUCUCCCGGGCUUCUGCAUGGGAUACAAUCAUCACGGUCUCGUUUAUUCCAUUAACGUCAUUAGCCCCAAGAAGGUUUUGGCGGGAAAAACACCCCGCCAUUUCUUGUGUCGAGCUCUCCUGGCUGCCGAGACGAUGAUGCAAGCGCAGCAAAUUCUGCGUGACCGAGGGACGGGUUCUGCCGACGGCUUCAGUGUCAACAUGAGUUUCACGAGGCAAGAAGGCGACCACCUGUUCCAUAACGCCGAAGUGGGACCUGCAGAAGAAGGUGACGAGAGCCCCAUGUCUAUUCUCACCAUAAGCCCAGGGGAGCAUCUGCUACAUACGAACAAGUAUCUUCGCCUGGAGGUGCCCGAAGACGAGGGGCUUUGUAUGGAGAGUAGCAACCACCGACACACCCGCGCCCAUAGCUGCUGCCCGCCCACAACACGCGCCGCUUUGCUGGCCCUGCUCUCUGACACCGAGGACGCCACCUAUCCCUUCUUCAGGGAGGGCGGGGAUCCUGACUUCGUUAAGACCAUCACGCUCGGUGUGUUCGACUUGGAGGAGAAGACGUGGACGCUGUGGAUGAAGAACCCCCGCUCCGCCGACCCGCUCGUCACGCUCCCUCUCGUCUUCAAAUGGUCUAACUAACCCUCCCUUCCUCCAACAGCUUCUCUCCCUCGGGCUGAAUUCCGACGAAUCCCGAGGCCUUCUUCGGCCCUUCACCCGAAUCGGUGUGCGGGCAGACUACUUUUUCACCUUUACAAAGUUCCUUCGGGUCGUAAUUUGAUUUUCUCCAGCGGAUCUAUUUGCUGUACACGUCAGGGUUCUGUAAGCAUAUAAUUUUCUCUUUACACCGGAGGUAUUCGCUGUGCCUCCUUUAGGCUGAAAAGACGUUACUGAAUCAACACUUAAAGUUGAUCCUCCGAACUCUCCGCCGGCCAGAGACCAUGACCUAAACUGGUUGGAUCAGGAUUAUAUAUAUAUAUAUAUAUAUAUAUAUAUAUAUAUAUAUAUAUAUAUAUAUAUAUAUAUAUAUACACUACAAUAACGUCGCAAGAUUCACUACAAAUACGUAAAUGGGACAGGAUAAACUUACCUCACCUGUGGGUGGUUAUCAUGCACUGCAUGUAUCCUCCCACACCACAGUUGUAAGUCGGCGACCGACGCCCGAUGAAAUAUUCCUCCGCGGGGUGAAGGGGAGGACGAAAGUGGAACAGGCUUGUCAGGGUCACGGUCGUCGGCCCUCCCACAGUAUACAAGGCCUGUGCUCUGUUAUAUUCCAUGCCUUUGUGUAACCUUUAGUCUGCGUAGUGUUCUGAAGUAUGAUGGUUAAUUCUUGGUUCUGUACAUCAGUGUUAAAUGUUCAGUGAUAACUGUAGAUGUUUAGUCAAAAUAAACUUCAACUUUCGUUUUACUGUAUAAGUAAUUUGUUUGGUUUAACCAUAUUUAGAAAAAAUGAAUGCAUGAAUCCUCAUAAUUUCGCUCUCAUUUUCACUUGUUUUUCACUGUAAAUAAUUUUAAUCAUAGGAAUACUGACCUUUUACUGUGAUCAAGCCAUAAAAAGACCUAUACUUGUUUUAGCCUUUUGCAACCCAGAUUAGUUUAAAUUUAUGUGUAAUAUUACAGUACUGAAUGUGAUAGUGAAAUAUUCAGAAGUGCUGUCAUAAUAUACAUUUUGUCAUAAUAUACAUUGAUACUGAAUGUGAUGCGAAAAUAAAGCUUA